GCUCAUGUUUGUAAAAAAUAAAUAAAAAGUGAGUAUAUAACAGUGUACAGAAAGUAGAAACUUGCAAUUCAUCAACAUUUCCAAUAUUCAGCAGGGAUUUUCCUUUUCAUUUAUUGGUGAAAUUGAGUUAAAUUACUCCUAAUUUAUUUAUUUUAGUUAAAAAGAGCAUGGACUCCGAAUCACGUACAAAAGAUUCCGUGUUGGUAGGUAUGGAGGAUGGUGGAUUGAAGGGGACGACGACGACAACCACUAAGGAGGUCGUCCGACAAGGCCGGACAGCGCAUAGCGUCUCUUCUUCUUCUCUCCGUAGGAAAUCUGAACUUCAAUUGAUUUCCAAGGUUCAAUGUGGGGUGCUGAAAAACAUACUCAAUAAUCUACAACAAGUCAUAUUGGGGACUAAACUUGCUCUUCUUUUUCCUGCUAUUCCUUUGGCAAUUGCGGCUCAUCAAUAUAACUUUGGAAGGGAAUGGACAUUUGCUUUGAGCUUACUCGCUCUUACACCACUCGCCGAGCGCGUGAGCUUUCUCACUGAACAAAUUGCGUGCUACACUGGUCCAACAGUGGGAGGGCUUCUGAAUGCAACAUGUGGAAAUGCAACGGAGCUAAUAAUAGCAAUUCUUGCACUUAGCCAAAACAAAAUAGCCGUUGUGAAGUACUCACUUCUUGGUUCCAUUCUCUCCAACCUUCUUUUGGUUCUUGGCACUUCCCUCUUUUGUGGUGGCCUUGCCAAUCUUAACAAGGAGCAAAAGUUUGAUAGGAAACAAGCAGAUGUGAACUGCUUCCUGUUGUUGCUGGGAUUAUUAUGCCACAUUUUGCCAUUACUCUUCAAUUAUGCUGCUGAUUCUACUCAAUCUGCUCAAUCUGUUGCCCUCUCAACACUGACCUUAUCCAGAGUAAGCAGCAUAGUGAUGCUGUUGGCUUAUAUUGCUUACCUUAUCUUCCAAUUAUGGACUCAUAGACAGUUCUUUGAGGCUCAAGAGGAUUCUGAUGAUGAAGCAGAAAAUUCUGAAGAAGUUCCUGUAAUUGGUUUUUGGAGUGGAUUUGCUUGGUUGGCUGGAAUGACUGCUGUUAUUGCAUUGUUAUCUGAGUAUGUUGUUGGUACCAUUGAGGCUGCUUCUGACUCCUGGGGUGUAUCAGUGAGCUUCAUCAGCAUAAUUUUGCUACCAAUUGUUGGAAAUGCAGCAGAACAUGCUGGAGCUGUCAUUUUUGCUUUCAAGAACAAAUUGGAUAUUUCCUUGGGUGUUGCUCUAGGAUCAGCUACUCAGAUCUCCAUGUUUUUGGUCCCGUUGUGUGUAAUAGUCGCUUGGAUAAUGGGUAUCGAGAUGGAUCUUAACUUCAAUACAAUUGAAACUGGUUGUCUAGCUAUUUCAAUAAUUGUCACAGCCUUCACUUUGCAGGAUGGAACUUCUCACUACAUGAAAGGAUUAGUUCUGCUACUUUGUUACGUUGUUAUCGGGGCUUGCUUUGUUGUUCUUCAAACACCUCCAAGCCAACCAAAAAUCAUGAAUAUGGCAGAUUCAUCCACCAACGACAAACUCUUCAGAUUUUAAGAGGUUUUUCUCAAUCAGGCACCAAGGAACCAAAAUAGCAAGGUUGUCAAAUCAAAGGAAUUUAUUGAUUGCUCCAUCAAAACGUACUGAUCGACUACAGAGAGCCCAUCAAACUCCUAUGUUGGUGCCAAAUAAAAAUUAAAAAUCUCAAAAAAAAAAAGAAAAGAAAAAUAUCUACUCUAAUCAUGCAUAUUAUACUGUCAAAUGCUCUAGGAAAACUGCUACUAUUGCAGCAGCAACGAAAGCUGAUGGAGAUACGCAUGCAUAUGCCAUAUCAUACGAGAAUUUAAUUCAUAGUCUCCAUUUACAACCAACAAUAAAAUUGAAAUUAUUUGGUAGGGAGACACUUUUGCUAUAUAUAUAAAAAAAAAUGCUUGUUUUGUUUCUUAAUUAUGGUUUUAUUGGAAAUAAUAAAACAAUACUGUAAUUUAAUUUAAUUUGGUUCUACUUUUUGUACUUGAAUUCCACUCUUUUUGUUGUAAUAAUACAAGUUUUUAAUCAAA